GCUUCCGCCUUUUCACUUCUCUCCCUCAGUAACUUGAAACAACUGCUGCCGCCAUAACUUUGGACAAAAUCGUGUUCGUGUUGUCUUUUUUAAUGUUUUGCGCAAGGGUACGCCAUGUAAAGGUAACUAACACAACUACUUGUGUAGGCUACGCUACUAUUUUGUAUUCUGAUAAUGUGAGAAAGUAUUGUAAACUUGGCGCUCAGCUACGAAAUAUCAGUUUCUGAUUAAAUGAGUGCCAGGAGGAUAUGUUAGUUAGAUAGUUAAACAAAUUCAGCUUUCCAGGGUCAAUAACUCUUUUUGCAACUUGCAAAUCUAAUUGUUUUUAAGAAGAGGAGUCAUGUUUUAAAAGCAUUGUUUAGUCGAUGUUUUUUAAAGGGAAUGCCAAAAUCUGUGAAUAUCUGUUUAACGUUACCCAAAUAAAUAACUUGUUUUGCAAAUAUAAUUAAUUGACAUAAUUGUUACAUUUGUGGAUUAUUAUUAACAAGGUUUGUUUAUGUAUUCUUGGUUUUAGGUUGAUGUUGUUGUGACGGAGGAACCAUUUGGCGUGGUGCAUGUUUGCUUGACGGAAAACAACAGGAAACGUACCGUGUGAAACUACAAACAUGCAACCGUGGAUAGAGGGUUUGAUCCUGGGCUAUGACAGCCAGGGUGGAAGCCGCCGCAGUAGCAGCAUGCUUACAGCACAAAUCAUCAGGUUAGGUAAGAUAUCUGAAUCCCAGGCUCAGGGCUCUGAAGGUCACGCAGGGCUGGUCUUCCUGUAUGAUGGGGUGCUCCAGAUCCCUGCCAUCCUCACCUCAUCCGCCUGGGAAGAUGUUCAAGAGAAGGAGGAGCUGGAGAGCCUCACCAGCCUGCUCAAUAGCAAAGUGUACAUUCACGACUACCAGCUGCUGUUUCACAUGGCACCUGAGCUGGUUAAUUGCAGAUUCUAUUUAACAAUAGGAGAGAUGACAACAACUGGGACAGAUCCAGUGAGGGAAAGCGUCUUUUGCUGCACAACCUUGCCUUCUGUGUCCCAAAAGAUCUGUUCAACAUGGAAGGCCCUGCUGGGUCAGGAGGAACUGUACUCCCAGAGCCAGCGUGGGUUUAAUCUGACUGAGCUGCUAGGGGAGUGGCAGCAUGACUAUCUGCAGUCUAUGCUAGAAGAUGAUACAAAGAAGCUGGUAACGGCUAGAAGCAGGUCUGUGGAACCUCAGCCUUCGACUUCAGCUUCUACCUCACCCUUGACUCACACAGACCUAUCCAAUUCUACACGCUGGGAUGUCGAUCGGAUCAAAUAUAAGAGAGAGAAAUGUUUCACUGUUCCCAUCAAUUGUCUUCUCACAGCUGAGGAUGGUGCUCAGCCGCCGCAGACACCCCUGGUUGUUGAGAGCAGUACACCAAGUGGGCUCUCUGCUGCUCCUGAGGACAGAGCGACAGCUCUACCACGAGUCGAGACAGCUGAGUCUUCUGCAGAUGAGGUAGAGUGGCAGUUAAAAGAUCCAGCACUUGUACGAGUAGAUUGUGUUGCAAAUGAGAACCUACAAGUUCAUGAAGACGACAACAUGCUUGAUGAUGUAAUCACAGGGUUAAACGAAAGCCAUAACAAAGAUUUAUCCAACCCCUGGGACAAUUUUCCUUCACUCAGAGACACCUCGCCAUCCACCAGCGCAUCCCCAGAAUCAAUACAACCCCAGCCAGAAGUUAGCGUCUCUACUAGAACACAACUUUCUGUCCAAAGCUCAAAGGAAUCCCGGCAGACAUCAGAGAACAACAGCAAGGAGUUCAGCAGCCUUACGCCAUACCAGAAACCCCCACAUCUAAGUGACCCCUCUACAACUUCAACCACUGUGAGUCCACCAGAGCCAGAUGAAACAAAACUCACUGCUUCAGAGCAGGAAAGCCAGAUUUUUGAGGAGAACAUGGCGAAAACUGUAGAGAGGAAACCAAGGAAGGCAAAGAGAAAGAAAAGCGAGCCCUCAGUUGAAGCUGAAACCUUCUCAGUGGAGGAGGAGGAGGAAAAGCAGCAUGUAAGCGGAAGUCCUCCAUCCUGGCUUUUUCACUCUACAAACAACUCUGUGCUUGAAAAGAGCAGCAGUCACCAACAGGAUCAGACUGAUGGGACCACUUUGAGAACAUCUUCAACUGUUCACAGCGAUGGAAAGCCGUUUUCUUACUCCUAUCAAGUGUCUGGAAAAAACAUACAGGAUAUGAGUCUAUUGAAAAUACCCGACUCUUUACUGACCUGGGCGGUUAAGUAUCUUGUCACUCCAAAGCAGACUGAUAAUUCAAUUAACACGUCAAGAAACUCCAGUGAAAUGUUUUCUGACUCUACUUAAGAUUCAAUAUCCUGACAGACGUUUAAGCUGCCAUUGUUACUGCAGCUUGAUGAACAUUACAAUGUCAAAGGAAGAACAACAUUGCAAUGUCAAAGGCCCUAUUUGUUCAUAUUUUGAGGUCUAAGUGACUGGUUCAUAGUGGCCCAAAAUUUUCUUUACCUGUUCAGUCAGAUGUGAAAGUAGGACCUGGGUUAAAACAAAACAAAUUCAAAGGAUUUACGACAAAGGUUAAUCUCUAUAAACAGCCCUUCAGCAUUGUAGGCUAAUUAACUAAUGAAAAUAGCCUAACACAGAUAUACUGAUGACAGUAAUGUAUCUGUUUUGGCCAAAAUGAGUGUAUUCCAGGGCAGACAAAGUAGCUGAGCCUAUUUUGUAUGUCUUUAUACAACAUUUUUAGUACCAGCACUGAGACUAUAGUUUGUGAGGAAAAGAAAUGUUGCAAAUGUUCCCUGGUAGAUAUUUGAUGUUGAACCAGUUAAAAUAAAUAAAGAAAAGUACAUAUCAUGGUUAAGGGUGAGGAUACACUAUUUAACUGGUUGACCAGUAUCAGCCAAUAUUCUGAUGUCUCCUUGUUGUCUAGCCUCAAUUUAAUGCCGGCAUGCUUUGGAUUAAGAGGGUUUUCACUGGGCAGGGGAGGCCAGUCGUUCGGCAAACUAAAUCAGGCUUUGAACCUCACUGCUCAUAUAAAAAUGGACCAGUAGUGGAACUUGUUAACAAAAUUAGUGUAUUUCUAGUCAUGGGAGAUCAGUUCAAGUUAAAAAUUAAACAGCCAGUAUUCAUCAGCCCAUAAUGGCGUGUCACUGGGAUAUCAGUAUCCGUGCAUGUAUUAUCUUAUAGAAACAAAAAUAGUACUUACACAAAAAAUAAUGCAUGUGGUGAUAUAUAAGCCUUUCUUACAUUUAGUUUGGUAGGCAGAGAGCUUCAGCUGCAGUUUACUGUUUUUCUCAACAGUUUGCAGCACAUGUGGGAAGCUUCACCAGGUAAUAACUUUAAACUUUGAAAAUGCAGCUUCCUCAGUAUCUUUGCAUGACACAAAUGAUCCACCAAAAGGCACAUUAUUUUCCUGGCUUAUGUCAUUGGCCAGCUCUAUGCUUCACACUUCAAAAUCAUUGACCUAUACAAUCUAUGUGCAGCAGUCUUGCUGUCUUCAGGGGUAAAAGUAGACACUUCUUAUGUUUAUCCAUCAUAUAUAUAAAAAAAACAAACAAACUAUAAACUCACUUUCUGUAAGAUCACAAAGUCAAUGUCAUGAAUGAGUUCUCAAACAUGCGAAAUGCUGAAAGUACAAUUAAGAGUUUAGGAGUUAGACUAAGAGCAAGAUAUUGUCAUAAAUCUGUAUACAGUAUUUCAGCAUUUAUUUGGCUUGAAUCAAUUUCAUCAUUAGAUUUUUUUUGAUUGAAUUAUUUUAGUUUGAAGUGAAUGACAGAAGCUUGUGUCUUUACAUAUAGCAAUCUCACUUGUAACAGCAAAGCAUUCCUAUAUUUGUCCAGUAGAUGUCACCAAACACCACACUUAAACUUUUAUUUGAAUCAAUGAAUUUUUAAAAGUAAAAUCUCCACAUUUUCACAAUGAUAAUGAUAAUAUAUGAUAAAUACAAAGGCUUACAAAUUUGACACAAACAAAAGCCUACAGCACAUCAAAAUCAAAACAAUAAAGAUAAAAUCAAGAAAGAUAAGAACCCAACUGAAAAUCAGAUCUCGAGAAAUCCAGCCCAAACCAGCACAGCAUCAAAACCCAAAC